ACUUUAAAUUUUUUUUUAAAAAAAAAAAACUCAGUACAAUCAUGCUGUAUUCUGCUAUCAGUACUGCACACAGAAACUUGCUGGGGAGUGGAGAGGCACUACAAAUAGACAUUUUUUGUCUUCACUUAUUUGCUUCAUUUCAUACACAUUAAGAGAAAUUCAUCUGAAAAAACAAGACCUGCACUGCGCACUUCUUGCCAAGAAAAUUUGAAAUGGGGAGUUUUGAGAGUCUAGAUAGUGAUAUAAUCUUUAAUGUGCUGUCACGAAUUCCGACGAAAAAUUUGGUUGAGUCGAAGCUUGUUUCGAAAGGGUGGCAGAAAACAAUAACUGAUCACUCAUUUGUGGCGAUGCAACUGAAAAGAAGAGAAUCUGUGUCCGGUUUCUUGUUGCAGCAGAGGUAUGAAUGGUGUUCACAGGACAUUGAAACAAUUAACUACAUUCCUGUGAAAUGGGGAGCUGCUGCUCAACUUCAAAAAAAGGUCUUUGAUUUCCUCCCUCAAGAUGUGGUUCUCUUGACGGCCAGCAAUGGAUUAGUAUGCUGCCGAAGCUGCUUCCCAUGUAACCAGCCUUGUUUAUUUGUUUGCAAUCCUGUGAACAAGCAAUGGGUGAAGCUGGACUGGAGUGAAACUUCCAAAGAAGACAGCAUAUCUAUUGCGUUUGACCCAUGUCAGGAUUUCUCCGCAAAUUCAUCCAACUUCAAAUUGGUUAGAGUUUAUGAAAUGGAGACAGAGGAUGAGGAAUUGUACUUCGCAUUCGGCAUAUAUUCUUCAAAGACUAUGAUGUGGAAACUAUCAGAGGAGAUUUGCCGCUGCAACAGUCAACUACACAAGAAGAAAGGCAUUUACAUAGGUGGUUUUCUUCACUGGCUAACUCAACAAUACGAAAUCCUAAGUUUUAACGUGGAGAACGAGUUGGCUUGGUUAAUUCCAGCUCCAGUUCCCGCUAUGGGAUUUGACAAUGCUCCUCAGGUUUGUAUCGGAGAGUCUAACGGGAAGUUACAUUAUGUGAUGAUAUCGGAAGAAUUAGGACUUCAGGUGUGGAUUCUUGAAGAUUAUUUCGAGUUCAAGUGGUCGGUGAAGCUUUCAAAAUCCUUGGAAGAGAUGGAACAAGAACAAGCUGGCGUCUUGAUCAACUUGCAGGGGAAAAUGAAGUUACUGGGGCCAGGUGUGGAUCCACUAGCAUUCAAAGAUGGAGUCUUGCUUUUGAGGGUAUCAAACAGAUUUUACUUGUAUGACAUUGAAAUUAGUAGGUUGGAGCCGGUUUGUGAAGUUUCUGAGUUCGGUACCUACACAGCUUUUACUCCAAUUGUGCUUCCUUACACCAUCAGCUUUGCUCCUUUACCAUGAUCCAGAUUUGGUUUGCUUUCAACCUUUUUGUGCUUCCUAUAAUUUUCAUGUUUUGUCUCUUGUUUAGUUUAUUGAACCAAACAAAGUUUGUAAUUACUUGCUUAUAUCUCUCUAGUUUCAACUUAGACUCCCUUAAA